AUGUUAAAAUCUAUAGAAAAUGAGGAAAAAGUUAUGACUUUUCCUCAAGAAGUGCAAAGUAAGAUCGAUGCGAUGAUGAGAGCCCUUGAUGUAUUCUCAAGUUUUAAUGAGAACAGCUGUCAAGAAGCAGCCCAAAAACUAGCAGAAGAGCAGAAAGAACAGAUUGUGGUUAUAAAGAAUAUCUUUGACGGGAUGGCUAAAGAAGGAUCCUCUGCUGAGUUUACAUCUUUGAAGCAACAAAUGGAGUCUCUCCAAGAUUCCAUCGGUCAAGAACCUUUGUUCAUUAAGUUUGUGCUUGACAGGUUCUGGAGCCAAAUGAACAGCACACCUACUCAACAUGAAACAGCUCCAACCAGCCAUUCUGAAGCUCCAAGCCAAGACCUGGCUGCAUGUCUCAGCCAAAUUGACAAGCUUAAUGAAGAGCUCAAGCAAAGAGAUGCUUGCAUUGAACAGCUCGAGAACACCAACCAAGAACUGGAGACCACUGUUGAAGAACUGAAAGCCCAGGUUGCAGGUGGGAGCCAAGAGAAUGCAUUGGCAGCAUCAUAUGCAGAGUCAGGUGUUGGAGGAGAACAGGCUGAAGAGGAAGUUAUCAUGAGCUAUGCCGAAAUGAUCAGGUUGUAUUCAGAAAUACUGAACUAUGACGCACAGUUUGAUGAAACUACGAUGCUCACUCUGCCCCUAGCAAAGCCUCAUCGUUUAGAGCUACUGGAGGCAUUCCAUCAGAGGUUGCCUCCAAUUGCAACCCUGCAGAUACAGAGUAUCCCGACUAGAAAGAAAAAGAAGAUUGUCAAAACUUUCAUGAGAAAUCACUUCCCAAGUAGCCUCAAAGAGCUUGAGUUCAAUUAUAUGUCGAAGCUCAUGCCCAUUACUCCUUUCAUGGAUGAGCUAGCAAUAGUUGGACAAAGAGUCACUGAGAGUAUGUCUCUUGCCAAUUUUGAGAUCAACCAGCAAGAACUUGCCACAAUUCUCUACUACAACAAGCACAGGGUAAAACUUGCUCUGAAUGAUUGUAAGCUAGAUCUCUCGUCAGCACCAAACUUCGGAGAGUAUCUUGAUGGAUGCACGCUGAAUACUCUCGACUUGAUGGACACAGGCAACGCUGGACAUGGAAACUGGAAAGCCAACCCUCAUGAGUUCGAGAACUUGCUUGCUGGGCUCUGCUAUUGUGAAGACUUCAGAGUCAAUCUGAAGAGACUAGGCGUCCUAGACUGCGGCCUCAAUAAGCAGGAGAUAUGAUAUUACAUGGAAAUGUAUGGCUUUGGGCAUGUCGAAGUCAUGACCUGCAUGCUGUAGAACAUCUAUGAAGAAUAAUACAUAAGUUUCAUGAUAAAGAUCACU